GCGCCGGAAGCCAGGCCGCUCUCCCGGCGGCCCCCGCGCCAAGAUGCCCGACAGGCGCUUCCGGCGGCGCGGCGAGCGGCUCUGCGGCGGCGGGUGCGAGGCGUGACGGCUGGGCCCGGCCGGGGGUGCCGCGGAGCAGCUCGCCGCCGUGGAUGAGAGGCUCGCCGGGAGGGAGGCGAUCCCCGGAGCCGGCGGGCGGCCAUGGCCGCGGCGGCGGCUAAGCGCGAGGGGCCGCAGUUCAUCAGCGAAGCGGCGGUGCGCGGCAACGCGGCGGUGCUGGACUACUGCCGCACCUCGGUGUCGGCCCUGUCGGGCGCCACGGCCGGCAUCCUCGGCCUCACCGGCCUGCACGGCUUCGUCUUCUACUUCCUGGCCUCCGUGCUCCUCUCCGUGCUGCUGGUGCUGAAGGCCGGGCGGCGAUGGAACAAGUACUUCAAGUCCCGGCGGCCGCUCUUCACCGGGGGGCUCGUGGGGGGCCUCUUCACCUACGUCCUCUUCUGGACUUUCCUCUACGGCAUGGUCCACGUCUACUGAGGCGGCUCGGAGCCGCCUCGGCCGCAGUGUUUUUUCUCAGUGAAGCAGGAGGACUGUUGCCAAAAGAGUCGACGACACCACUAGGCCAGCUUACCUUUUAAACCGUUGUUCAUUGCUCGUAUUGUUAAUACAGUCAGUAAAUUAUGUCAGAGCACAAAUGAAUCGGUAGCACUGUUCUAAUUAAAUUCAUUGUGAAACAUCA